AUGUAUCUGUCGAAUGUCGCAACACACCGUACAAUUUUAUCCUCGAGGGGACCCGGAUCCAAUAUGGAGGUUCCGCAUACUCACAAGGCUGUCGAUGCGGAUGAAUACCAUAAACUGAAUAAUGUCCUCUCCUUGCUGUUCCCCUCCACCGUCCACGUACAACAGUCGCAAAAUAUCAACGCUCAAGUUCAUACUCUACGCCUUCUUACCCUGUCAAAUGGAGGUAGACUGCUUCUCAAGGGCUCUCCAUUACCGGGAACCCCCCUUCUACGACACGAGCGGUUGUUUCUUGAGACCGAAGCCCGUUUCCUGGUCCUCCUGGGCCAAAGCGCAAAUCCCUGCAUUCCACAACUUUAUCAUUAUGACCCGCGAGGGGGCCUUCUUGGCUCUGCCUAUCUAAUUCGGCAGUAUAUCAAAGGCAACAGUCUGGCAGAGAUGAAAAUUCAUAUCACUACCCAGCAAAGAAACGAUAUCGACCGCCAUCUUGGCUUCUUAGCUAGCACUGUCGGCCAAAAUGUGGCCCCGGGCUUCGGCUCCUUGCAGCAAGUCGCCAUGGGCGCGGGAAAGCGCUCCUGGCGAGAGGCGUUCUGUGGUCUUUUUGAAGGUGUCCUCCGUGACGCUGAGGACAUUUUUAUUCACCUUCCUUAUGCCGAGAUCCGGCAUGAAGUGGGCCGUCUCUCGGGUGCAUUGGGUGAGGUGACCUUACCCCGUCUUGUGGUGGUUGGUUUUGGCCGCCCAUGCCACGUCUUGUUAGAUGAGAAGUCUCAUCAACUGUCUGGUGUGGUGGACUUUAGCACCGCUUUCUGGGGCGAUAUUUUGAUGGCAGAGUUAUUCGAAUAUCCCACCCCUGCUGUCCUAGAAGGGGCAGGUCUACCAUUGUCCAGGACUAAAGGGGAGGAGAUACGUCUGUUAAUGUAUUCAUGCUACCGACUUGUGUCGCAGAUUACUUUGCAAUAUUAUCGAAAUCGUGAUGAGACGACAGAAUUUGAUGCUCGUCGGAGACUCCUAGCCACCAUCUCGGAGUUGGUUGGUCUGGCACCGAUCUGA